CAGUCAUAUGAAAGGCCAUCUACUUUGGGCGGGUUUGGCUUACUUGCAGUUAGGAUGUGUGGCCUACAAAUUAACAGUUGAAUAUAGUUCAGGGUGAGUUCAUGGCUAAAAGGUCCAGGGGUUACUCCUACUUAUAAAAUGCAUGCCUGAUAUCAAAGACACGUAUCAAGCUCCUCGCAGACAAUAUUUUAUAGUUUUUGCUAAUAAUUAAUAUUAUGGAGAUGAUUGAGAUAGUGCAGGUAAUUGGACUUUUCCUAGGUUUUGGAGGAUGGAUAGUUACCAUGGUGUCACUGCAAGACCAGUAUUGGAAGGAAUCGACGACGGAGGGGAGUGUGAUCACCACAUCCACCAUUUAUGAAAAUCUAUGGAUGUCUUGUGCAAGCGACUCCACUGGGAUCUAUAACUGCCGGGAUUUCCCCUCUCUUUUUGCACUUCCAGGAUACAUACAGGCGUCCCGGGCACUGAUGAUCGCGGCCAUCGUCUUCGGGACGUUUGGCCUGGUGGCCUCGCUGGCAGGAAUACAGUGCACCAAAAUAGGAGGGGACAACUACGCCCUCAAAGGACGCAUCGCUGCCAUCGGCGGCGUCUUCUUCAUCCUACAAGGACUGUGUACCAUGAUCGCCAUUUCCUGGUAUGCAGCCAACAUAACACAGCAGUUCUUUGACGAGUUCUACCCAGGAACAAAGUAUGAGAUCGGAGAAGGUCUUUACAUUGGCUGGUCAUCAGGCGUACUGUCCCUCUGUGGAGGGGGAUGUUUAAUGUGCUCUUGCAAACUCGACACACCCGAGGAAAAAAGAGCGUACGUCUACCAGCCGCCUUCCAGGGGGAACCCCCGCUCUGCUGUCGGGUCCCCACAGCACGCCCCCUCGAUUAACUACGGACGCAACGCUUAUGUCUGAGUGUUCAAGUGACGAGGAGGGGCUGAACCCGUAUUGUUUGUUUGUUGACUGAUCAGGGAUAUACCAACCUGUUUAAUUAAUCCACAGGGUUGGUCCUUUAUUGUUUAUUGUGGAUUCAGGUGAAGCUCUAGCAACAGAACUACUGUUCUCUGUUCUGUUGACUAUUUAUUAUUACUAUCAACGGUCCACUUUUUUCAUUGAUCUACAUGCUCUUGCCACUUGUAAUCCUUGGCUAUUUGCUAAUAAAACAAGGAUACUGCUUCAUAUGUAGUCCCAGUUGGAUAACGCAAACCCGGACCCAUGACCGCAACGGUCCGUAACAAUUUUCCUUUUUUUUGUGGGGAUAUUGGGGAAUCUGGGAUACCCUCAGCACACUGUGUAUGAAGCAGUACUCUCGGCUAUUAGAAAAUAGCAGUGCGGGACUGUUCCCCUCUAGGCUGGACAUGAUGCGUGUUGGGAGUUUUGUCACACUCCAAUAGGUACAUUUGAACCAUUUCAAAAGGUAUUCUGUCCUUAAUGUCAUUAAGGGAUUCUGAAUGAGAACCACUGCAAAUCAACCGUUUGAGAUAUUCCAACUGAGAGAGAUCUAUAGGUUAGCCAGACGAUAGCAUUUGUCAGCUUCAUGCAUCUGGGAUGCCACCCAAAGAAAGGGGUUGGACCCAUACAUCCACAAGGUGGACCGUAACACUGGCUUGGAUUUGCCCCAAACCAUCCUAGGUUUCACAAUGACUGGCCAUCAAUUUAAUAUUCUUCUGGUUUUCGAAAUUAGUGCGCAAAAAUCUAUAUUAUGGUUGUCUAGCUUCCAUGAAGCCAUAAUACAAAAAAGAUGAGAAUACAUGAUACAUAGCUGGCUGCAUGUCUCUGAACUGCUGUUGACUCCCAGUGCAGCAGAGAGGAGCAGGUUUUGAAUUUUAAAAAUGUUUCAUGCAAGGAGAGAUGUGUGUGUUUCCUUAAAUCAGCUCUUUCACUAGGCAUAAAAAGGUAUAUUAAGUUUAUAUUGCAGUGGUUCCUCAUGGGAGUCCACUUUGUAUUAAAUCUGUACUCCAUCUGCAAUGACGCCAAAACAUGUACAAUUUUCUUUUUUUUUUUUUUUUUUUUACAGUUGUAGAAGUUAUUUAUAGGGUCAGAAGAAAUCAAAUACAAAUAAAAAAAUUAUAUAUCUGGUUUGUUUGAAAUUAUUCAGAAACAAAACGUGAUUUAUUGACACAUUAUAGUAUGGCUUAAUCUACAUUAAUCCUUUGCACAUUUUACACAUAUUUGGAAGCACAAACCAUUUAACAUCAUUAAAUGAAUGAAUUACUGAAUAAUCCUUUGAUUUGCAAACAAGGCAUCAAUAACCAGCCAUGGGAUGAGUGACGUCGAGUUAUAUUUGUUGAUAAAAGGAAACAGAUUGACGAAACAGACAUUCAAUCAAAAAUUAGAUAGACAUUAAAACAGUCAGUUACGGUACUGAUUAUGCCAAGGGCCGAUGACUCACAGAUCUUUAUUAUUUUUCUAGAUACGCCAUGCAAUGGCUCCAGACUCCCUGACCCUCGAAACCAGCGGGAUUACGACCCUCGUCUAAUGAUUGACAAAGACGAUUACUUUGUUGGCAUGCUCCACCGCCGUUAGGCAUUGAUUUGCUAACCUGCUGUCUUGUGUAGUAAACCAGCACAUGCCAGUUUAAAGUACCUCAUGUACGUCAAUAACACUCAAGAUUCCUUGUACACUCACACGCUCACAUUCACACACUUCUCUCACACGAUUCUAUAGUAUUGCGAUACUUGGCCCACGAUUCAAUAUUAUUGGGAUUCGAUUCUGCGAUGUAUAUUGCGAUUCAGAAGGCCAUCGCCUCAGGGAUU